AAAAAUAUUCAUUUCCAUCUGACCGUAGACCAAAGGCUUAGAAAAAUGUUGUUGUUACGGCUGGCACUGAUUGUGCCGCUGGUGCAAGUAGCACCAUUUAUUAUGCCAAGUCUAAGUGACAUGUGGAAACUAGCAAAGCUUGGAUUUGAAAUCGGAAGUAAGAUAAAAAAAGGUUACGAUUUUUACGAAGGACUCACGAAGGAUAAGGACGCGAAAAUAGAUAAAGUAUUGGAGCAAGUCGCUGAAAUAUCCAACAAAAUUGAUGGAUUCGAAUCACGAUUGGAUCAGAGAUUGGACGCUAUAGUGGAAACUUUGGUCUCCAGAAUUACACUUAUUGGAAAGCUUGAUAAUUCAUUCCUCGAGCUGCACAAGCUCAUCGUAGACGUUGAUCAGCUCUGGGAUAAUUAUAUGAAGUACUCGAAGGAUCGCAAAGAAUUCCAUAGCAGUACACUCAAGGCUUUCAUCAGGUCGGCGACCGGCGAUCAGCAAGGUGGUCUUCAGAAAAACCUCAACCAGAUACACCGAUUACUUGUUCCGCUCAGAACGCAACAUAUCAGGGACAGUUUAUUCCUAACUAUGUUGAAGUACGAACGGGAAACCGCGUUGACAUCUUGUGAUGAAGGCAUGUCACAUGCUCAAGCAAUUCACCAAAUUUAUUAUAGCGUUGCCAUCACCGAAUUACGAGGUUUCGUCAUGGCUGCCUGGGCUUAUGGAUUAAAACCAAGAUAUGAGAAAGGAAAGUACACUGGCGAAGUGAACGCGAUUGAGGCGCGAUUUGCAUUGAGGGCGCGAGACUAUAUGGUGGCUGCCAAAGAAGCCAUGUCGGUAGCUUCAAACAGACUUCGCGUCUGUGAUCCUAAGGCUGGGCAUAAAAAAGGAUUAACGUUUGUGGAACUGGAGGAAGCCUUCCAAACCUAUAUAAUUAAUGAAGCAGAUAUACAUCCUAGCGAUUCGUGUAAAGCCACUUGUGGUACGAUAGGGCAUCAAACAUACCGCAGAAAGACAGAUAGCUACAAGAAUUAUAAUUAUGACAGACCUUGCUGGGGUACUAUUCGGGAUUGCAGAUAUGGAGGAGGAAAAAUGACGACUUGCGAUACGAAAGGGGAAAGGAACAACUCGAAAAGAUAUUACUGGUUCAAGGACGAUGAAGGAACAGUUUAUGGAGAUAAUUCUGCUGGUUGCCCUGGGCAAACGAAUUGGCCCAAGGGAUGGACUCGUGGGUUCUACAGAUGUGACUAUUGUAUUUGCACAUGUGAAAAUGAUAAAUCUUUCAAUCGCGCUAAAACGGGCGUCAGUCUUCGUCCUUCAGUGAGCGACACCCGCAACAAUAUGGUAGUCACGGGUGUCAGACUAGUUCAAGUAGGCAAGAUUAUUCAAAUUCAAGUUCGCGAAGGAAAACUCCAACCGGAAGGAUCAAUUUUGAAAAACACUGAUCGAUGGGUGCCACUUGAAGAGUUGGAAUAUGCUUAUCUGAAGCCUUCAAGUUCAUUUUAUUUGAAGAGGGGCAACAGAAAAGACAUGCUAGUCCAGGGAAAAGAUUUUGAAUACAUCAGGACUGACGUGAAAACAAUAAAUUUGGAUGAUGUUUCAGCGCCAGCAGGCCAGGUCGUCGUCGGUGUUCGACUUCAACAUUUGAAAGCCACGAAGGAAACAAAAGAUAAUCCGCUUCGUCUUGAGGUUUUGGGGGCGCCAUAUGAUUAUCUGACUGGAAAAUUAAAGAUUUCAUGGAGCCAACCAGCUAGAUGGGUUGGUGUGGAGCAGAAACAGAGAGUCAAGGUCAAGUUCAGCGAACCAGAUGACCCGACCAAACAUGCACUAAAUGUGCCAACGCUAGCGUCAAAUCUCCACGUAAUUUUCCAAGAAUCAGACGGUAAGAAGGACGCAGGACAAUGUACAAUCCCAUUCUGGGAUAUACAAGAAGUAGUGACAACACCCAGUGCUGCACUCCAAGGAAUUGGUAUUUUCCACAAAGGGCAUAGAGAUGGGCUUUAUGGAGGAUACCUUGCGUUGCGGCUACUCUCACUUAAUAUUGCCGAUAAUCUUAAUACCACAUUGCCACCAGAGCUGAAAAAGUCUUAUCAACAGAUUCAUACCUCUCCUCCGUAUGCACCAACGAGAAACCUUAUAUGCAAGUUGUCAACAUUCUGGAUCAUACGGGUUGGUUUAUGGGGUACACUUUUGACGAGUAGAAGAAUAUUGUACAGUAUUGUAUUGUACAGUAUAUCAUUCCUAGGUCACAUCUUAGCUCAUCCGACACUCAAUGAACAUUUAAUGUUUAAGGUUGAAGAGAAAAAAUACCUUUUACUCCAUUUCAUUAAAUUUUUGGGGUGCUACAAGCCUAUGAUCCGUGAUUCUCAGUUGAGAAAUCCCAUAUUGACAAUAUUUUUCAUUUCAUCGAAGGAUUUGAAUCUCGAUUACAUCAUUAUUUAUUUAAUACUAUGGAAUUGUAUAAUUCAUAUCGGGACAAGUGAUAUAACAAGAAGAAUAUUGCCUCCGAUCACAUUCCCGAUAACAUGUCCACAUCUUGCAUUUGGUGUUUCCAAAUGCAACAAUAUAUGCAAGUUAUUAUCAUUGUACACCGUAGCAGGUUGCUUAUAUGCGCAUUAUGAGAGGGGUGAAGGAAACUGCAUGGGUGAUGUCGUAGAUAGUAGACAGGGGGAGAGGAAAGAUGAGAGUUUGUACCUCGUGGGGCUGGUGAACAGAUUUUUGAAUGACUAUGGCCUUGUCAAAAUUACGAACCACACAUAUUUGCUGAAAAUUAUAGACGUAACAAUACAUGCAAGAUCUUGCAAAAUGUUACUGUUAAAGCUCGUGUUAAUCAUGCCUCUUGUGCAUGUGGAACUCAUCAUGAUGCCAAGUCUAACUGACUUAUGGAAUAUUGCAAAAUAUACGUAUAAAGUUGGAAGCGCAAUAAAAGCAGGAUACAGUGCCUACAAAAGCUUCAAAGAUGAUACCAGCGAGAGAAUAGAUAAAAUAUUGAAUCAUGUAGUUGAAAUAUCUAGCCAAAUUGAAGGAUUUGAAACGCGAUUGGAUCAAAGAUUGGAUACUAUGGUGGAGUCCUUGGUGGCAAGAAUUACACUUGUUCAGAAACUUGAUUCGACAUUCCUCGAAUUGCACAAAACUAUUGUAGCCAUCGAUACUAUGUGGGAUAACUAUCUCAAGUAUUCACGGAAACGUCGGACUUACAACAAUAAUACGAUAAAAGCUUUCAUCGUCACAGCGACUGGACCACAGCAAGGUGGUUUGCAGGAUUUGAUCAGUCAAAUGCAUCGUUUGAUUGUCCCGCUCAGGACAGCAAAUAUAAGGGAAAGCUUGUUCAUGACCAUGUUGAAGCACGAGCGUGAAUCUCAACUGGUUAUCUGUGAUGAAGGUCUAUCCAAUCAAGAAACAAUUUAUCAAAUCUAUUACACUGUUGCCCUUACCGAAUUGCGAGGAUUUGCUAUGACUGGAUAUGCUUAUGGAUUACGGCCAAUAUACGAAACAGGGUCCUAUGAAGCAGAAGUGGAUAGUAUGCAAGCAUCGUUUACAAUGCGAACACGAGAUUAUAUAUUGGCUACUAAAGAAGCAAUGAAAAUAGCUUCAAAUAAAAUUCGCCGCUGUGAUCCUAAGGACGGAUAUAAGAGAGGAGUAAGUUUUGUAGAAUUUGAGGAACUCUUUCAAACGUACGUCGUCGCCGAAGCAGAUAUCCAUCCUGACGAUUCGUGUAGGGACACAUGUGGAACAAUAGGGCGAACGACAUUUUUAAGAUCUAUUGGCGAUUAUCUUGACUACGACUAUACAAGAAACUGCAUGGGUGAUGUCGUAGAUUGUAGAUAUGGAGGAGGAAAGAUGAAAGUUUGUACAGCGAAUUUUCCAAGGCGAUAUGAUUGGUUCAAAGAAUCUGAUGGAACGCUCAACGGAGAUAACAGUGGUGGUUGCCCCAGGCGAAUCUACGAACCAACAGGAUGGAUUCGCGGAUUUUACAGAUGUGAUUAUUGUGUCUGCACCUGCGAAGCCAAUAGAGCAAAUUCUAAAGCAAAAAGGGCCAUCAGUUUUAUUCCCGCUCAAUCCCGUGUCAUGCUGCACAUGGUCAUUACUGGCAUUAGACUAGUUCAAGACUUAGGAAUGAUUCAUCUGCAAAUUCAAGAAGGGCGAAUUCGACCUGGAGGUCUUAUUGAAAAGGGCAGUCAACAAUGGUUACCUAUCCCGAAAUUGCGAUAUGAGCAAGCUGGUUAUUUUGGAAGAUAUUGGAUAGACUAUCCAUCGAGAAGCGAACGAUUGAGAAGACGGGUGGACUUUGAUUUCAUCAGAGGUGCAGAAAGAGCAAUAAAUUUGGAUGACAUCAUGGCACCAGAAGGUCACGUCGUUAUAGGGGUUCGAUUUAGCCACCUAAAAGACCCAAAAAUUGAAACCGAUAAUCCGAUUCGUCUCGAAAUUCUGCAUAGGGGAUUUGACUAUUAUAAUGGGAAGUUAUCAUAUUACAUUGAGGAUGAAGCCAAAUGGAAGGGUAUAGACGGCCAUCAAAAGAGGACACUAAUCAAGUUUGAGAAGCCCGACAUUCCCAUGAAGCAUAAACUGAAUGUGCCUACAGUGCAACCAAAUCUUUUCGUUAAGUUCCGAGAGACAGACACGAAGAAGGAUGCUGGACAAAGCACUAUUCCAUUUUGGGAUAUACAGGAAGUGGUGACGGAUCCACCUUUUGCCCUUUCAGGUGUUGGUCUAUUACACAAAGGACAUAGAGAUGGAUUUUACGGAGGAUACAUGGCAUUGCGUCUCCUCACUUUUGAUUUCUCUUAUAAGCUUAAUGCUACGCUGCCAGAUAAUGUGCAGAAAUCAUAUCAGCAACUUUAUAAGAAACCCCUCUACUCACCAACUGGUGUCUUGUGAAAUGUUUAUAAUCAGGUUCAUGAAACGUUAUUCUCCUCGUACAAAAUGCCAAUGCCGAUGGAAGAUUUUGUAAUGAGAUGCAUUUUUAUUUAACUGAUGUAUUGAGAAUAAUAAUAACUAUCAAUUUA